AAGCUUAAGGAUGGAAUCAUCAUCUUGCAUCAUCUAAUAUUUACACACACACACACAAAACACAACUGAAUCAUCAUCAUUCAUCAUUAUUUAUACAAUAUAAACAAAUUGAAUAAAAAAAAAACCUUAAUCACACCUUACAUGGAACCACACAAAAUUUGGACCAACAGCAAUCAACCACACCACCACAACACAAAACGUGGCAGUAUUUCACACAGUUUUGCACAUUUAAUACAAUUUAAUAUACAUUGGUACAGUGAAUAAUCAAUUUUUAAUUUAUAUUUACAAAAGUUAUAUUCAAUUUUUAACUAAUUAAGAAAUUAAGUUAAGUCAUUGAAAUUAAAUUUUUUAAAUAUUCCAAUUAUGUGAUACAUUCCUAAAUGAAAAUAUAAUUUUCAUUAUUUUCAAGUUUAUUUGUUUACAUAUAGGUAUAUAUAUUUUUUUUUAUAAAUAAAAAUAUAUAAGGUUACCUGCUACAACAUAGAUUUAUCAAUAGAUAAAAAAAAAGCAAUGAAACAUACAUUUUUUUUAUAAUAAUAAUAUUAAAAAAAAAAAAUUUCAUUUAAAUAAAAGAUUAAUAUUGUUGAAUAGUGUAAGUAAAUAAAUUUUUUAAAAAAAUGACCAUACGAUCAAGAAAAAAUUCCAAGCAUGAGCUUGAAGAUGGACAGCUGGAAAAAACUGGUGUUCAUGAACAGAGUGACAUACGUGGUGAUGAAGGAAACAUUGCGAUACUAUUAUUUUUAUAUUUACUUCAAGGUAUUCCACUUGGUCUUUGCAGUGCAAUACCAAUGAUAUUACAAAAUAGACAUGUCUCUUAUAAACAACAAGCAGAAUUUAGUUUUGUUCAAUGGCCAUUUUCUUUAAAAUUAUUAUGGGCACCAGUUGUUGAUGCAAUUUAUUUUCAAAAAUUUGGAAGACGUAAAACAUGGCUUAUACCAACUCAAUAUCUUAUGGGAUUAUUUAUGUUAUACUUAUCAGGACAUGUAGAAACAUGGUUAAAUAAUGAUUCACAAGGUCCAAAUAUUGGUUUACUCACUGUAUUAUUUUUUUCAUUAAAUGUAUUGGCAGCAACUCAAGAUAUUGUUGUUGAUGGAUGGGCCCUGACAAUGCUCAAAAGAAAAAAUGUUGGAUAUGCAUCAACAUGUAAUAGUGUUGGUCAAACUGCUGGAUAUUUUUUGGGAUAUGUUUUAUUUAUAGCACUUGAAUCACCAGAAUUUUGUAAUGGUUAUCUUCGUUCAACUUCAUCUGAUGAAGGUAUUGUAACAUUGCCUGGAUUUUUAUAUUUUUGGGGCUGGAUAUUUAUAUGUUGCACGACAUUUGUUGCAAUAUUUAAACAUGAAAAAGCUGAACAAAAUAAUCAAACAAAUGAUUUAUUUGAAGAUAUUAAACAAUCUUAUAAAUUAUUAUGGUGUACCAUGAAAUUACCAACAAUUAAAACAACUGCAUUAAUUUUACUUACUGCCAAGAUUGGUUUUUCUGCUUGUGAUGCAGUAUCAGGAUUAAAAUUAGUUGAUGCAGGUGUACCAAAAGAAAAAGUAGCUCUUUUAGCAGUACCAUUGAUACCACUUCAAAUUGUUUUACCACUUGCAAUAUCAAGAUACACAAGUGGACCAAGACCAAUGGAUGUGUUCCUAAAAGCAAUGCCAUACAGAUUAUUAUUUGGUUUAUUAGCAGCUCUAUUAGUCUGGGUAACACCAUUAUUUGUACAAAAUGGUGUUGUUCCUAUUUAUUAUAUAUUUAUUCUUUUGGGCAUCUAUGUAUUUUAUCAGAUUGCAGCAAGUAGUAUGUUUGUUGCAUCAAUGGCAUUUUUUGCAAAAGUAAGUGAUCCAGCUGUUGGUGGAACAUACAUGACAUUUUUAAAUACUCUAUGUAAUUUGGGUGGUAUUUGGCCAUCAACAGCAGCACUUUGGUUUGUUGAUACUCUUACAUGGCGACAAUGCAGCAUUGAUUCUGAAAAUGAUUGUAGUACAUUGAUUGAAAGCGAGCAAUGUGAAACAGCAGGAAAAUGUGUAACAUUACUCGACGGUUUUUAUAUUGAAAGCAUUGUUUGUCUUAUUAUUGGUUUCCUUUGGUUCAGAUGGGGAAAAAGAAAAAUUAAUUAUCUACAAUCACGACCAAUGUCACAAUGGAAGGUCGUACAACGAAGUUAACAAUUACUGUCAACCGUUUAAAAAAGAAAAUUACAAACAUCUUUAUAAAAAAAAAAGAUACAUUUGUGCAUAAUCAUUUAGUUGUUUUUGUUGUUCAUAUAAUUGAAUAUUUUCCAAUACAAAACAAGGUGAAAGAUUAUUUUAUAAAUAAACUGUAAAUAAAUAGAAUUAAAAAUUUAUGAUUUAAGUUUAAUAA